UGAGUGAUCUGUGUUGUGUAUGUAGUGUAUACAAUCAUGGCUGCACCCUCAGUUACAGUUUCAGAAAUUUUAAAAAGUAAAACAGAAUUUGAUGAUGAACCGAAGAAAAAAUCGAGGGAGGAAUGGCGAAAAGCGAAAGAGUUGGAAGAAGCGCGAAAAGCUGGUACUGCUCCAGCUGCUGUGGAUGAAGAGGGUCGAGACAUCAACCCCCACAUUCCGCAAUACAUUUCCAGCGCUCCGUGGUACUACGGCUCCAAGGGACCGACUUUGAAGCAUCAGAGGCCACAGGAGGACAGAGAAAAACAGUUCUCCGGGCUUGGCGAGUGGUACAGAAGAGGCGUUGAUCAGAGCAAAGUUGUCACAAAGUUUAGGAAGGGUGCGUGUGAAAAUUGCGGCGCAAUGACCCACAAGAGGAAAGACUGCGUGGAAAGGCCUAGAAAGAUUGGCGCAAGAUACACGGGUAUGCAAAUCGCACCUGACGAAUUCGUUCAGCCAAACCUUGCGAUCGAUUACGACGGCAAAAGGGAUAGGUGGAACGGCUACGACCCCGCAGAACACAGGUCCAUUGUCGAGGAAUUCCAGAAGGUGGAGGACGCGAAACGCAAACUCAAAGCUGAAAAGCUGAAGGCGGACGGAGAGGAGGACAAGGAUGGUGACAGGAACGACGUCGAUGAUGACGACGACGACGUAGCAGACGAGGACAAGUACGCCGAUGACAUCGACAUGCCCGGCACCAAAGUAGACAGCAAGCAGCGUAUCACGGUGCGAAACUUGCGUAUCAGAGAAGACACUGCCAAGUACCUGAGAAAUCUGGACCCCAAUUCUGCAUACUACGAUCCCAAGACUCGCUCAAUGAGGGACAACCCGAACGCCAGUAACCCUGAGGAGGCUGAUGAGGGUGAAUUCACUGGUGAGAACGCUGUAAGAUUCUCGGGCGACACGCAGGGUCACGCACGGGCGCAGAUAUUUGCGUGGGAUGCCCACCACCGAGGAGUGGACGUGCACCUGUUGGCUGAGCCAACCAAGUUGGAGAUGCUGAAGAAGGAGUACGAGACCAAGAAAGAUUCGUACAAGUCUGAAGCGCAAAACUCGAUCCUGGCCAAAUACGGAGGCGAGGAGCACCUGAAGGCGCCGCCAAAGUCCCUCUUGCUCGCGCAGACGGAGACCUACAUUGAGUACUCGCGCUCUGGUCGUGUGGUUAAGGGCCAGGAGAAGCCAGUCGUUAGGUCCAGGUAUCAGGAGGACCAGCUGAUCAACAACCACACCACGGUGUGGGGCUCUUUCUGGAAGGACGGUGCUUGGGGCUUCAAGUGCUGUCAUUCGUUUGUUAAGAAUUCAUAUUGCGUUGGUGAAUCUGGCUGUAAAAACACGGAAACAGCAAUGCCACCGCCGGAACUGCCAGUCGCAGGAUCUAGCAAGGUGGAGGAGGACGAGGAGACAGUUGAAAAGAAGAGGAAACGUUCCGACAGCGGAAGUGAGUCUUCUGACUCAAGCGGUUCUUCCUCUGAUGACGUUGAUCUUGACGAGGAAGAGAAGAAGAAGCUGGAGAUGAAAAUCAGGAAGAAGUUGAAGAAGAAGCAAAAGAAGCUGCUGAGAAAGGCAAAGAAGCAAAAGGGAGAGAAGUCUAAAGAUGAUGAUGAUGAAAAUGAAGCUGAAGAAAAUGUCGAGUUGGAUGAGCGUAAGCGCAAAUAUAACAGCAUGUACGAGGUUAAGGCUCCAACUGAAGAGGAAAUGGAAAGUUAUUACAAAAACAGAAAGCAAUUCGACGAUCCCAUGCAGAACCUUUAGGUUUAACUGUCAUGUUUUAUAUAUAUUAUGUUUCAAUAAAUGCGUGAAAAUAUUAACUACUCGCCA